AGUUAACACUUAACUUAGCAAGAACAACGUCAAAUUACGUCAAGCCCCAAAAAUUACAAAACAAACAAAUAAAAAAAAUUCAAAACGUGUUUAACAAUCAUUUAAAACAAAUUGAAGUGCAAUACAUAUAAAUAAUUGAAAAUAUAUUGAAUAUUAUUGAAGUGAAGUGAAAGAAUUUGUAUAUAAUCAUCGUUCAAUAUGAAGUUAAAUCCGGCUUCUGAUCAUGUGUAUUUCAAUGAUGGCUUUAAAUGCUCCUCCAUAAGUAUAACAACGAACCUGAAUGAAACAAAUGCUGCUGACAGUGGAGGAGCAGCUGGUAAUGGGGAUGGUUCUCAAGGAUCGAAUGAAUUUAUAUUAACCGAAGAUGGCAAGAAAAUCAUACCACCAGCCAAAACGAUAGAAUGUGCGAGAACCUGGCUGCAAGAACGUUCGAAAAAAACCUUUAAUAAGAAAAUUCUGCACAAACGUUUGCCCAUAUUGAAGUGGUUGCCCAAAUAUAAUUCCGAAGAUGCUGUGGGAGAUUUAGUGGCUGGUAUAACAGUGGGUUUGACGGUCAUACCACAAGCUUUGGCCUAUUCUGGCAUAGCAGGAUUGCCAGCAGCAUAUGGUCUUUAUGGUUCCUUUUUGGGCUGUUUUGUGUAUAUAUUCUUGGGCAGUUGCAAAGAUGUGCCCGUUGGUCCUUCAGCUAUAGUGGCUUUGCUUACCUAUCAGGCGGCCCAGGGCUCGUGGCAAAGAUCGGUGUUGCUGUGUUUACUUUGCGGCAUAGUGGAAUUGUUAAUGGGUGUUUUUGGUUUGGGUUUUCUAAUUGAUUUUGUAUCGGGUCCUGUGUCUUCGGGCUUUACAUCGGCCGUGUCUUUGAUAAUAUUGACAUCGCAAAUCAAAAAUAUAUUGGGUAUAGCAGCCAGAGGUUCUACGUUUAUAGAAAUUUGGGGCCAUAUAUUUGAUAAUAUUAAGGAUAUCAGUGCCACCGAUACUGUUUUGGGUAUAACUUGCAUAGUUAUAUUGCUAAUGAUGAGACUUUUAUCUUCCUACAAAAUUGGUCCCAAGGAUCCGGAAUUACGCUCUAAAACCCAAAAUGUUAUAAAUAAAUUUAUCUGGAUUAUUGGCACCUCACGCAAUGCCAUCUUGGUGAUUUUAUGCUGCAUUAUGGGUAUACUUUUGCACAAGGAACAUGAGGGCACACCUUUUAAAGUUAUUGGCUAUAUACCUCAGGGUUUGCCUAGUUUUGCUCUGCCUCCCACUCAUCUAAAUGUUAAUGAUACUAUUACGGGCAAAGAGGAAACCUUUUUUCAAAUGGUCCACAGCAUGGGUUCGGGUUUGAUUGUGGUACCUUUGAUUUCAUUGAUGGAAAAUAUAGCUAUUUGUAAAGCUUUUGCUAAUGGCAAACCAGUAGAUGCUUCCCAGGAACUUAUUGCUAUUGGCGUUGCCAAUAUAGCAAAUUCAUUUGUUCAGGGUUUUCCAGGUACCGGAGCUUUAAGUCGUGGUGCUGUUAAUAAUGCCAGUGGUGUUAGAACACCCUUGAGUAAUAUUUAUUCUGGAGCUUUGGUUAUUUUAUCCUUGAUCUUCUUUACGCCCUAUUUCUAUUAUAUACCCAAGGCUACAUUGGCUGCCAUUAUUAUAGCCGCUGUUGUGUUUAUGGUGGAAGUGCGAGUGAUUAAGCCCAUGUGGAGAGCCAAAAAAAGUGAUUUGGUACCUGGUGUUGGCACUUUCAUUGCCUGUUUGGUAUUGCCUCUGGAAAUGGGCAUACUGCUUGGUGUGGGUCUUAAUGUCAUCUUCAUUCUAUAUCAUGCAGCUAGACCAAAACUAACCACAGAAAUACUAACCAGUCCGGCCGGCAAUGAAUAUCUUAUGAUAACCCCCGACAGAUGUAUAAUAUUCCCCUCCGUGGACUAUGUACGGAAUUUGGUGAAUAAGCAAUCCAUGCGCAAUAACAUACCAGUGGUUAUAGAUGCCUCUCACAUAUAUGGGGCCGACUUUACGGCAGCCACUGUUAUUGAGUCGUUGCUAAAGGAUUUUGCUCAACGGCAACAAUUGCUAUUCUUUUACAAUUUAAAGCCCAGUAUUUGUGCUAUAUUCGAGAGUGUGUCGCCGACGGAAUUUGUUGUCUACUAUCAGGAGCAACAAUUGGAUGAACUGUUGAAAGAGAGGGAUUACAAUCAAGAUAAAACUGAAACAGUUUAAGUGAUAAUACAAUAGUUUAUAAUAGUUUUAAUUAUAUUUUAAAUGUCGAACAGUGUGCCAAAACAAAAACACACUCUAAAACUAACCGAACAACUAAGCAAUUCUUUCCUUUAGUUAUUUAAGAAAAUCAUUCAUACUUAUUAUAUAAAUAUUUUGAAAUAUAUAGCUGUAACUGUAAUAUAUUGAAUUUAACUUAUUAUUAUUAUAUUUUUUAUUAAUUACUAAAUACUUACUUAUAAUUAAAGACACACACAGGCAGAGACAAAAGUAAAAUUGUAUUGAAAAAGCAAAGAAUUUCAAAAUGUGACAACUUUAAAAGUUUUGUGCUAGUAUCUCAGGUUAUACUACUUUAUUUAAUAUGAAUCUAAAGAAUUAUGGUAUUCACACAUUUAUAGAGCAUAUAAUUUUUUUUUUCUUUUUAUUAAUUAAAAAAUCUGAGGCUCUUGCUUCACAAUGUGAUUACCCCUAAGGUUAUUGUAGCGUUUCAAACAAAACAUUGCAAUAACAUAUCGAAGAAGCUAUUUUAGUGAUAUUUUAUUCGAACACAAACAAAACAUAUUUGUAUUAUUUUUAUUAAAUUAGUAUUAAUUAUUAUUAUUACAUAUUAUUAUUUUAAUAUAUAAAUUUUUAGUUAAUAGUGUAUGUAGUUAUUAGUAUUAUUUGUUAAAAAAAAAUAUAAAUGUAUAAAAUAACACAAUUAUUAUUAUAGUAUUCCUUGUUGAUGAAAGAUAUCAAAAUGAAUUUAUCUUGAUCGAACAAUGAGCAAAUAAAUAAUAAACAAAUUCAAUUAAAA